AUGCAUGGAGGUACGCAAUUGACGCUAGCUGCCGUGCACAAGAAAUGCUGGAUAUUUGGAGGAAGAGUCCCCAUCAAAUCUCACAUUCAACGCUGCGUUGUCUGUGUGUCUACAUCUCGAGUCUUACCAUACGCCUUUGAAAGUACUGGCGUAGACUACGCUAGGCCUGUUCAGCUUAAAUACUUUCAAGGGCGAGGUACACGCUGCUACAAUGGCUGGAUUGCAGUCUUUGUAUGCUUCAUAACUUCUGCAAUUCACUUGGAAGCAGUAAGUGACUACACUGCAGAAGGCUUCCUCAAGGCGUUCAGGAGAGUUACAAUUCGUCGUGGCAUCUGCAAAACCCUUUAUAGUGACUGUGGUACUAACUUUAAAGGGGCAGUUGUCAUUUUAAAACAGCUUAUCACCGGUACUCUCAACGAAUCGUCUUAUCUUCAACAAAUUCUCACCUCAGACGAAACUCAGUGGAUUUUUAAUCCACCUGGUGCCCCGCACAUGGAUGGCAAGUGGGAAGCCGCUGUUAAAUCUGUCAAACAUCAUCUCCAACUUACCAUCGCUGAUUUACUUCUGACCUACGAAUACUUCUCGACAUUCCUCACUCAAGUUGAGGCACUAUUAAACUCAAGGCCACUCAGUGGACUUACUGAUGACCCACGCGACAUCUCAGCUCUCACCCCUGGACAUUUUAUCCAGGGUGCGCCACUCAACACAGUUUCUGAACCCAAUCUCACCAAUGUACCAAUAUCUCGUCUCUCACACUAUCAAAGAAUUCAAGAAAGACUUCAGUAUUUCCGGCAACGCUGGUCUGCUGAAUGUCCGCAAUCUCACUAA